AUGGAAGGGGCACGUAGCAAUGUCAAGAAGGCGACUGAGGCUGUCGAGAAGAAAAGGUCCAUGAUGGCGGGGAAAGAAGACGCAAAGGAGAAGAAGUCAGAGAGCACCCGUCGUGAGAUGGCCAGGGCCAUGCACGAGAUGGACGCAAAGCGGGCACAGAAUCUGCGCAAACUGGCGGAUAAGGCGGACAAGAAACUGGCUGGCAAGAGAUCCGAGGAAGGAAAAGAAGCUGAGAAGAAGCGCACAUACGACUACUACAUGUCGUACAUGUACCCGACUCCUGGCUACGACGACUACUACUACUAUUACAACGAGUCCUACGCCUACUGCGAUGACGGUACCUCCAUCCCGGAGUCCUGGGUGUGUGAUUACAUCACUGACUGUUCAUGCGGGGAAGACGAGGACAACUGUGGCCCUGUGGAUGACGGCGAUUUCUACUGCUAUGACGGGUACACGAUCCCGUACAGCUGGGUGUGUGACGGCAUGUGGGACUGCAUGAGCGGAGAGGACGAGAUGUGUGGCGACGAUGAUUCGUACUGGUGUGAUGACGGGACGGAGAUACCGGCCGACUGGGAGUGCGACGGCAUCUCCGACUGCAUGUACGGCGAGGACGAGUGGUACUGCAUGGACUACGGCGGCAGUGGUGACGGCCACGAUCCCUACUACUACCCCUACUACAUCAGGGGCCUCGAAGACAAGAAGACGGACCAGUAAAUACAAAUGGCGGGAACGACCUACCACAAAACGGACAGGCACGACGGAAUCUGCGUGUGCAAACUAGAAACUUUCUUUCUCGUGUUCAACUUUCAUAAACUAUUCGGAAGAAGUGUUUCAUUUGAAUGAAGUAUAAGCCUCUUAUAGAAAACUUCGACUUCGCUACUGUUUAGAGCAAUAAAUGAAUAUAAAAAU